CAUUGCUUAAGUUGGUAUUCAAAUUCAGAUGCAUUAUGGUUAAGAAAAGCAAGCGCUAUAUCAACAAAGGUCAAAGCGUGACCUUCCAGUUGGUCGAUAAACCUCACGCAGACCCCUCGGGUUUCGAAGCCGACAACGUCCGAGUGUGGCAUGCGACGAGUGACGAGAAGCGCAAGGAAGAACAAUUAGCCUGUGGUAUUUAUUUUGAAGACGACUAUGACUACACUAGGCACCUGAGAGACCGAUUCGGCGAGGGAACGAGAGACCAGGAAGAGAAAGCUGUUCCACUUUGGGAAGAGAUAGAGGAGGGACAGUUUGAUGACGUGGUUUCUGUCAAAAGCUCAAAGAGCAAAGGUGGUAAAAGUGACAUCUUCAACGACAGCGACUUCCCCUCUCUAGUUGCUCUUGAGGCACACUUGACAGCUGUCGAGAACGUAGAUGACUACAACGUAAUGGCUGCCACUGCUCAAGAAAAGCCAGGGCCCCACUGGGACGAAGACAUCGCACAAACUAUGGCCGACAAUUUCACAGAUUUCUGUGACGAUCUGGAAGACGAUUUUGUAACUCUUGCAGGCGGAGUUGCAGAUGAGAAUUACGAUAAUGACUUUCCGGAACUGGGUGCCUUUGAUGGUGAUUAUGAAGACGAAGAUGGAAGUUGCGAAGUAUAUCGUGAAGGCGCUCGAGCUGAUGACUGGAGAGACGUUUUAGCUGAGACCGAAAUGGACCAGCAUACAGAUCCGCUGUUGGAAGAGCGUAAAAAGUUCCUCCUUGGAGAUAACUACAUGGACUCCAAGUCUCAGAAGUCAAGAUUCACCGAGUAUUCUUUAACUUCAUCUGCAGUUCCUAGAAGUGAAUGUCAAACUGAUCUUGAUGAUCAUUUUGAAAUAAUGUAUGGUGAGUAUGACGACCUUGAAGUUGGCGCUCUAGAUCACGAAGAGGUUGAGGGGCAUUUGAAAACUGACCACCCUGCAGUAUUACACGUACUGGGUCUAGAUGGCGAAGGAAAAGGGCAACCAGUUGUAGACAGCGAUGAUGAUCCAGAAAUGAGAGUAACCAUAGAUGAUAUUUCGGAGAGACUUCAAGAGUGCGCUUCAGAUGUAGAUUCGGAUGACUUAUUUCCGGAACCAGAACCGAAACCGGAAUUCGACUGCGAGUCAAUUCUGUCAACCUACUCGAAUAUCUACAACAGACCGAAGGUUAUAAAAGCUGAAACUAAAGUGCAAUUGGACCAAUCAGGAAUGCCGAAAUUGGAAAAAGAUUACCCGGAAAAGUUGCCCCAUCCGGACGAGUCAGAAAUGGAUAGACUCAAGUGGAUUCCGCCGAAUAUAAAGAGAAAAGACGAAACUAAAGAGGAAACGAGAGAACGACAGAAAAUUCAAAAAGAGGAACAGAGGCUGAGAAGGAUCGAGAAAAAGAACAAUAAACUUGCUUUUAAAAUGGAAGAAAUCCGACAGCAAAGAUCUGAAAUUAACAAGCAAAGAAGUAGCGGAUUUAAGUAUUAGUUGCAAUCAAAAUUUUUCUCGCCUCA